AUGGCUUUAAUAAAUUUUAAAGAAAGGAUUCAAAUUUUGUUAAAGCUAAAAGAAUCGUUAAUACCCCAAGUAGACGGGAAUUUUGUAAAAGACUGGGAAUCAGAAGCAUUGAACUAUCAAAACAAUAGCGAAAACAUUAUAAUAUACUUAAAAGAUAUAAAAUUUAUAGAAGGAUUAAUUAACCCUAUUUCAGCCCAGUUAACCUUCUUACGAAUAAAUUUACAAAAUUACGAAAAUAUGUCAGAAAAGGAAAAAGAUAAAUUUAAAAGAUUGUAUGUUUUAGCAGCGUUAGGCUUAAUUGCAAAGUUAAAACUUGUUUUAUUUUUUUCUACAUAUAUUAAUGCAAAGGAGAAAAAUCACAGUAAAAAUUUCCCAGUUUUGAAUGAAAAUUAUUAUAACGCGGAAAAUUAUAAUUGUGAAAAUAAUUAUGAGGAUAAAAUGAGUUUAAUGAACAAUAGUUGUGAUCACUGUGUAAAUAAUGACGAUCAGAAAAAUGCUUCUUUGUUUAAUCAAGUGGAUGAUUAUUACACCCAAUUUCAUGCUUGUACUGAUGAUUACAAAGAAAAUAUUUUUAAUAUGAUGGCCCUUAAUAGUAUACAUAAUUACAAUUCGCAGGUCAGUAAUGAUAAAAGCAUAAGUGAUAAUGAAUACAUGGAUAGCACUUUAAGCAUGUAUGACAACUAUGUCGACAUGGCCAGCAAAAGUAUGAACAGCAACCAGGUAGGUUCUACACAUGUAAACGCCAAUCAUAUGGGAAGUAAUGACAUGAGCAGUAAUCACAUGGGUAGUAAUCACAUGGAAAGCAGUUACAUGGGCAGUAAUCACAUGGAAAGCAGUUACAUGGACAGCAAUCAAAUGGACAACAAUCACAUGAACGGCAAUCACAUGAACGGCAAUCACAUGAACGGCAAUCACAUGAACGGCAAUCACAUGAACGGCAAUCACAUGAACGGCAAUCACAUGAACGGCAAUUACAUGAACGGCAAUCACAUGAACAGCAAUCACAUGAACGGCAAUCACAUCAAUAGUAGCAAUAACAACUCUCUAUUUCUACAAAACAUAGAAGAUUAUACUUCAAACAAGAAAACUCACUUUGCACCGGAAAAAAAUGAAGGCCAACAAAAUAUACCCGUUGUAACAUCAAAGAAAAGGAAUUCACAAGUGUCGCAAUGUCAGCGCAAAACAAUCGACUUGUUAAAAAAUUCACACACAUUAAAUGGCAUAAAAAAUAGUCAAAAUGAAAGAAUGCAAAAUUAUGAGCUCUUAAAUAACGAAACACAAAGAUUUCUGCAACAAAAUCAAGAUCAAAUUUCGAAGUAUAUAAAUAAUAUACAUCAAAAUAUUCACGCACCUAAUAAUGAAAACAUCGAAUUGAAUAAUUUUAAGUCGAAUAUAAAUAACUAUUAUGAAUAUGAUUAUGAUAAUAGUCAGGAAAAUAAUAUUCUUCAAUCUUAUAAUAAUGAAAUUUAUGGCUUAAGUGAUAAUGUAUAUAAAAAUAGUUACUUUCUGUGA